CCACACCCCUUUAUGUUCUCUGCCAUUUUCAGCUGAUCGAUACGAGCCGAACUGUCCAAAUUUUCUCAAUUUUCUGGUGUUUCCAGCAAUAUUCCGAAAUGAUGUCCCCAACUGCGAGGUUGGUUGUAAGAAGGUUAAACCAGAGAAAUCUGGCCACUUGGUACGAAAAUAGCAAAGAUGUUGCUGCAAAAAUCGUACCAGAUUUUAUGGACAUGUCUGCGCAAGCUUUGGCUCCAUUCUUUACGUCAACGAAGAGUUUCGCCACAGAGGCUUCGUUUGAGACUAGGCCCUUUAAACUCCACAAGCUAGAAGAAGGUCCAAAGACCUCAGUAACAGUCACAAGAGAUGAGGCUCUCAAAUAUUACAAACAAAUGCUCACCAUCAGACGAAUUGAAACUGCGUCUGGAAAUCUGUACAAGGAAAAGAUCAUCAGAGGUUUCUGCCACCUCUACUCCGGACAGGAAGCCUGUGCAGUUGGCAUGAAGGCAGCAAUGAAGCCAGCCGAUGCCAUCAUUUCUGCGUACCGCAUCCACGGUUGGACGUACCUGAUGGGUGUCCCUCCGCUUGGAGUGCUAGCUGAGCUAACAGGUCGCAAGUCUGGCUGCGCCAGAGGCAAGGGCGGCUCCAUGCACAUGUACGCGCCUCACUUCUUCGGUGGAAAUGGAAUUGUGGGUGCUCAGGUGCCUCUGGGCGUCGGCGUUGCCUUUGCCAGCAAGUACAGAGGGGAUGACAACGUUUGCUUCGCCUUGUAUGGCGACGGAGCUGCUAAUCAGGGACAAAUCUUUGAAGUUUACAACAUGGCCAAGUUGUGGAAUGUUCCUUGCAUAUUUGUUUGUGAAAAUAAUGGAUACGGCAUGGGAACCAGUGCUGAAAGAGCGGCAGCGAGCACCACAUACUACACAAGAGGCGACUAUGUUCCAGGCCUCUGGGUUGAUGGGAUGGACAUUCUUGCUGUGCGGGAAGCCUCUCGGUUCGCCAUUGAAUACUGCACCUCAGGGAAGGGCCCUCUGGUGAUGGAGACCGCGACUUACCGCUACUCUGGGCACUCCAUGUCUGAUCCAGGCACCAGCUACCGCACCAGAGACGAAAUUCAAGAAGUCCGCCAGAACCGAGAUCCUAUUGCGUCAUUCAAGGAAAAGAUUAUCUCUACAGACCUCGCUUCAGCUGAUGAAUUGAAGGCCAUUGAUGCGGAGGUCAAGAAAGAGGUUGACGAGGCGACGAGAAAAGCCAAGAGUGAUUCCGAAAUUCCCAUGGAGGAGCUGCCGGCCGACAUCUACGCAGCGCCCCUUGAAGAGGAAAUCCGCAACGUUGCCCCCUGGGAGCCCCUUCGCCACAAGCGCAUUGGUUCAGCCGUAAAUUUGAAUUGAAAGAAACACAUUGGCGCCGCGUAUGCUGCUGGCUAGGAGCACAAUAACAGUGACGUUGUGUUGAUCAACUCAUCAUAUGAAUAAAACUUAACUCAAUAGGGCUGUUUAGAUAAAAACUCAAAACCGGCAGGAGCGCUUGCUAUUAAGCGUUUAAUUUUGUAUUGCGGAAUAUCUCAGUUCACUUGUUGUUUUCGUGACAUCCUUGCCGUAAAAUUAAUCGAUUUUCAAUUUUUUUGUUUGCUAAAAACGACUUUAAGUUGUGUUCGGCAACUGUUUAUAUGAUAUUCUUCAACCUGGAGGUUAAGCACUAUUGGUUGCGUCUUAUAGCAAGCAAAGCAUGCAUUUGUAACCAGUGGCUGCAGUCGGUUAAACUUUGAUUGUUAAAUAAAAUGAGAAAAUGUCGCAGACAAAA